GUUUAGAAGUUGGCAACACUUUUACAACUUCAUCUUUCUUUUCUGUGCAACGCGUUUUUACGGAAGUAAUUCGUGAUUACAACAUACACAAUGGUUGCGGCCAAGAAACAAAAAAAGACCAUCGAGUCUAUCAACUCUCGAUUGGCUCUGGUUAUGAAAUCUGGCAAAUACUGCCUUGGCUACAAGCAAACAUUGAAGACUCUCCGUCAAGGCAAAGCCAAGCUGGUCAUCAUUGCUAAGAACGCUCCUCCUCUAAGGAAAUCAGAGAUUGAGUACUAUGCCCUCCUCGCUAAGACGGGAGUCCACCAUUACAGUGGAAACAACAUCGAGUUAGGCACAGCAUGUGGAAAGUACUACAGGGUGUGCACACUCGCUAUUACUGACCCUGGUGAUUCUGACAUCAUUACCACUCUGCCCGAGUCGCAGGUGUAGGUUAAUUUUUAAUAUAAUUUAAAAAACAAAUUGA